GCAAGCCGUUGGCUUGAUGGUCGAUACCUCUAACGCUACCGAAUUACACGCCUCUCGUGCUGUCGGAACUAUAUAUCAACUCAUGCACGCCGACCGCGCGUCGCGCUUCGACGCGCCGCCGCCGCCCAGCGCGCUGCUGCGGCAGGCCAUGCAGGAGGGCCUCGUGCCGCUGACGGCCGACGCGGCGACGAAGAGUAGGAGGGAGCUCUUCGUGGGAAACACACCAGCCAACACAACCGAGCGCGGGCUCGCGGACCACCUCAACGCGGCGCUGCGCGCCGCGGGCUUUUGUACGGCGCCCGGCGCGCCCGUCAUCUCGUGCCGCGUGUCCGCGGCGUACGCGUUCGUCGAGCUGCGGAGCGUCCAGGAGACGGACAACUGCCUGAGCCUGACGGGCCUGCCCUUCCUGGGCGGCGCGCUCAAGAUCGGCCGCCCGACGAAGUACGACGGGCCGCGGACCGUCGCCAGCAGCUGGGCGCGCGUCGCGCAGACCAUCGACGCCGCGUCUCUGGCCGAGCGCAAAUCAAAUUUCGCGGUGCGUCGCCCACGGCUGCAUCAUGAUCCCCCGGCCAUCGACGCGACGUCUGCUCUGCUCGACGGCGCGCCGGCGCGGGUAUCGCGCCGCUCGACUCAGCCAGCACGCCCUGCGCCGUCGCCGAGAAGUGACUGGAUGGAGAAUGCUCGUGUGUGUGCGCCCGGCUCACCGCUUGAUGUGCGCGCAGGUCUCUGGACGCGGCGACGCGGUCCCAGCUCCAGGUCGGCGGCGCCGACCUCGGCGCCGCGGCCGCGCAGGCCUCUCGCGAGGUCCUGAUCGACAACGUGCCCGCCGGGACGACGGAGGCGUCGCUGCGUGCGUUCCUCGGCCUCGCGCUCCGGCAGGCGGGCGGCGCCGCGGCGGCGGGCGAGCCCCUCGCGUCGCUGCACCUCUCGGGCCGGCACGCGUUCGUCGGCGCGCGGAGCGACGCCGAGGCCCUGGCGCUCCUCGCGUGCGCCGGCAUUUGCUACCGCGGGACGCGCCUCCGCGUGAAGCGCCCGUCAAAGUACGCGGGGACCGACCCCCCCGCGGCGGGGCGCGCGUGGGCCGACGUCGUCGCGGACUUUGCGCGGGGCGCCUCCGUUGAAGCGGCGCACGACCCGGCCCUCGGCGCCGCGCCGCCGGCCGCGCCGGUCGCGCCGGAC